AUGUCAGGGAUGGAGGUCUGGCUAGAUCCCCCGAGGUCCUGCAGCCUUGAAGAGCCCACAAGCCCACAGGCGACCUCCUGCUCCUUCGCUCCCAGCAUUAAAGAGGAGAGCUCCUACUGCCUCUACGACUCGGACAAGGGCCGCAAAGAGGCGACGGCCACCGACUUGUCGCCUUUCCCGAGGCUAAGCGCAGAGGUCUGCGCCGUGAAUAACGUGGCGGCUGGGGUGCCUGUCCCGGGCUACUUCCGCUUGUCUCAAGCCUAUGGCACCGUCAAGAGCGGCAGCUGCUACAGCAACCCAGGGCAAAUGGUGGCUGCUUCCCCGUUCGCCCCGCCGCCCCAAGUGAGCUUCGAGUCUUCUCCGGCGUUUCCUCUGGCCGCCCCGUUGCCCGAGCAGGGCAAGAAAGACAGCGAGGAUUCUUCCCCACGCAGCACUCUGGCCGGGGAUUCGCAAAGAGGAGAGGAAGAAGGGCAGGGUUCCUCUUCUGCCGCAGAAGAGCUGUCGCCGGCCCCCUCGGAGAGCAGUAAGCCUCCCUCCGAGAAAGAAACCCUAGGCGGCUCGAAGGGAGAGAACGCAGCCACCUGGCUCACUGCGAAAAGCGGUAGGAAGAAGCGGUGCCCUUACACCAAGCACCAAACGCUGGAGCUGGAGAAAGAGUUUUUGUUCAAUAUGUACCUGACUCGUGAGCGUCGCCUAGAAAUCAGCCGUAGCGUCCACCUCACGGAUAGACAAGUUAAAAUCUGGUUUCAGAACCGCAGAAUGAAGCUGAAGAAAAUGAACAGAGAGAAUCGGAUUCGGGAGCUCACAGCCAACUUCAGUUUCUCCUGA